CUUCUUCAAGAGCAUCAAGGGGAACUGAAACAUGUGAAAAUGUCCUUUUUUAAAAAAUUCAGUAGGAAGAAAGAAUCUCCCGCUUUCAAGCCAUUUCAAAAGGCUUCAGAAAAAAGCGACCUUACAGGAGAUGCUUUCAUGGUCGAUGAUUAUAAUCGCUUUGGGUUCUAUGGAAACCCAACAAAAUGGUGCAUUGACCAUCAACAAGGAUUAUUAGCGAUCGCUUCUACCAGCAGAAGAAUAUACAUUUACGGGAAACUACAUACUCAACUUGUCAUUAUUCCUGACUGCAGUGAUGUUCUACAUCUCGUUAUGUGUGCAGGCCACUUAAUCAUCAUUGACAGCCAAAAUACAAUCUUAAGUUAUAAUUUAUUAAGGUCAAAAAAUCUUCAUACUCCUACCUCAACUUUUUAUCUGAGACUGAGAGUCAUGUGUACAGCUACGGAUCCUUCAAUUGAAUGGGUUUAUCUAGGAAUGAGUGAUGGUACUGUAAUCCCAUGGGACGUUACAAGACACCGACCUGGUGUCUACAAAAUCCCCAAUUUAUAUUCUCAAAGAUUGAGCGAAUGGAAACUCAUGGGAUAUCCUUACGCACCCGUAUCAAGCAGACUGUCACCUGUUAUAAGUAUUCAGAUCCAUCCAAAAGACCUUGGACUCUUGUUAGUCGCUUAUCCUGAAGGUGUGUUGUUGUUUUCUAUUCGUGAUGAAGAAGUUUUAAGGUUUUAUGAACUUGAAUAUGCAGCUGGAAGCACUGCGGCAACCAUGUCUACAAAACAUAGCUUUCGACGGCCUAUGGUGAAAGGUAUUCACUGGAGUCCUUGUGGUGAAUACUUUCUAUCUUUCUAUGAAGAUUCUGCUAUAGCCUUUUGGGAUACUGAAAAAGAAAUUCCUGUCCAAGUUAGAAAUUUUGUUGACUCCUAUAUUCAUACUUAUACUGCUAUGCAAAAACCAGCUCCGAAAACUGAUUUAGAAGCGAUCCAAUCUAUAAUUUGGUGCUGUCGUGAGGACGCUAAUUCAACCUUUCUUUUAAUGUUGGGUGGAUUACCUAAAGAUUCUCCAGUAAAAGGAAUCUCGAUGUUCAGUUUCCCUCAAACUCCAGGAAAGCAAAAUUUCAAUGCUUUAGCAGAGCAUUUUGCCAACCCAAGCUCUCAAAGAUUCUUUCCUUUUGUUGACGUUCCUUCUGCUCGUGAAAUGAUGGUAAUCUCAACAAUGUCUCCUUAUUACAAUGGCACCCAUAAUCCGAGAUAUCUUUUAAUGCUUUCUCAAACGGGAACUCUUUCACUCGUUGACCUGAUUUCUAGCGAGCCUGUUAACCUAAACAUGUGUGUUCCCCCUUCUCUGUGUUUCCUUGCUCCUGAUUUUCAGCUUGUCGACUUCCAAGCUGUUAAGAAAAACAUCUGGGAUCAAAUGGAAGAUUCUAUUCCUUUACAUCCACAUUAUUCAUCAUUUUCAGGAGGAUCACCUCACCCUGGUUACUUAAAAAAAUUAGAUGUACGUAACGUAUUAAUAACUUCGACUGGGCUCAGCCUUUCCCUAUGGGAUAUUUCUAAAGGAUUUAUGAAUCCGAAUAUCUGCGUAACUCUAGACUUUUCUGAAGUUAUGCGUAAACAUCUGACGCCAAGUGCAAAGAUUGUUAGUACCUCACUUUCUCCAACUAACUGCGAACUUUCUUGUGCUGAUAAUUUUGGUCGUGUAAUUAUCUGUCGUCUCAAAGACUCACUAAAUCCUUUACCAUUUCAACUUGCUUCUGGUAUUUUCCGCUUGGAUGAUAGCUUCGCAAUAGAUGGUACUCUUUAUGGUCAAUUUUGUAUUGAUUUAAAGCACGGGCCCGUCACGACCAACUGUAUGAGUAACAUAGGAUUUGUUUGCAUUGGAUAUGCCGAUGGCUCGUUAGCUGUUGUUGAUCUUAGAGGCCCUCAUAUAUUAUGCAAUACCUCUCUACCUGAACUCGGUAUCGAGAGAAAAUCCAAGUCAUCACCUACGGAAUAUGUCAACUCCGCUGAAUUUGUCAUUAUGAACUUAAAUAAUGAUGGAACAGCUUCGAUUCAUCUGAUAGCUGUGACUAACACAGGAAUAGCUUUGUCUUUUCAAAUUGGAAUGUCGGCAUCAGGAAACUACUCCAUAACAUUUUUAACUUACGAAAAGCUAGGUAUUCUUAACGUUUACAAUAUAGUACCUUUAACAGAAUCUGGACAACUUGCUACUGCUACAGGAACAGGGUUGCAGUCAUUGGGGACUCAGUCUGAUAAAAUUUAUUUAUUAUACGUUGGCGAAACAGGAAUGCGGCUCUAUUCUAGAUUUAGUAAAUGCUCAAGCAUGACAGAUUGGAGUAAACACACUUGUUACAAGGCAAGCGUUAUUUUUUCAACUGCUUCCAAACAAAUGGGAUCGGUAGCAUGUAUAAUGUCAAAUUUGAAUAUUUACUGGUACUCCUUGCCUAACUUAUCUGAAGAACGGCGUGCGAAAUUACCGGAUGAUAUAGAUGAGAGAAAGUUGAGGUUUGGUAAUAUAUUAGAAGACGGCGAUUAUGUGUUCCCAACGGUUGGCGGUACAGAAUUAGCAUUCGGAUGUGUGUUAGGAAUGGGAAGGAAAAUGUUUGCCUCUAUAUCUUGUAGCCUAAUAACCAAAGAUCCUUUGACGCUACCACCACGACCUACAAAAUCUACUUGGAAAUGGCUAAUGGGUGAACAAACAACGUCUGCGGAUGAAUUAAAUUUACUGCUUGGGGGUGAAUAUAGGACAGUUGGUAAGCCCAUUACAGAGUCUCAGGCUCCCAGAGUACCGCAGCAUGUUUCACAACAGAGUUCAACUGUACAGGGUACAUCUCCUAACGUUCAUGCGAGAGAAUUUGAUAAUAGGCGAUUACCUCAGCAGAAAAGUUAUUUCAGCCAGAUGAGCGAGCAAUUAAGUGAAAGAGGGAAAAUGCUAGGAAAUAUUGAGAGUACGAUGGACGACUUAGAAGAAAUGAGCGCAGAUUGGUUGAACGAAAUAAAAAAGUCAGUAGCUUCCACUAAGAAGGAUAUGUUGAUAUCAGGACUUAAAAGUUAUUUACCUUGAAUAUGUUAAUUUAUUUACAGCCGUUUUCAUAGUAAAAAAGGUUACUAAUUAUGAUGUUUUAAAACAUUGAAUAAAAAUGUUUUUAAAAUAAUCCUUUUACAUAAAAUCACAUCGUUUUUCCCUUGUAACUGAGAUUAUCAGGUAACUCUUCAAAAUUUAGGAACUUAGAUAUGGACAAUUACAGCUUUUUUUAUUUAUUUAUUUUUGUCGACAAGACAACAGCCUUCUUAGGUUUUCAGCUUCAUUCGAACAAUGUUUCUCCAAAGCUCGUCAUCAUCUUCUUCGUUUGCAACGUGCUUAGAAUCUUCUAUGUUUGGGAUAGGUUCCUCUUCAAUAUUUGCCUCAUCAGAACUUUCUGAAUUCGAUGAACUGUCGGAAGUAUCUUUGCCUACGGCGACCGGUUUAUGAUUCAGAUUUCCCUGAGUCCAAAGAUCGUCUGGAUCUAUAUUUCUUUGCUCGUGAUAUGAUGCUUCCAUAUCUUCCAAAUAUUGUUUUUCUUUUUCUUGAAUUUCAUCAGCGUCUUUACACUGAGCGUAAAUAUCUAAAAGUUCUUCAUUUACAUCAAAAAAAGCAUGACCCCAUUUAAAAUUCUCCAUCAAUAAUCGCGCCUCAUCCUUAUACCCAACAAUGUACAUACAAGCUGCCAGUGCCUCUGCACAAUUUAACCUCCAAGGACGUCCAUAGUUGAUAGGAUUGGUAGCAACCAAGUAGGGCAGUAAUCGUUCGCAACGGCCUCCAAUUCUUGAAAAAGGGAUUUCAUCAAUCUUAGCCCAAGAACACUCAACGACACUUGCACCACCGUUAUCAAAAAAUUCUCUAUCAGCAGGUGAAACUGUCAAUUUGCCGUUUGGCCUAAGGAAGUUAGCUUUCGUUUAUAAAGUUUUACAGAUUUUGUGCGAGAAUGCCCGAUUCUUUUCUCAAACCGCUUUUCAAGCAAAAACAAAUAAAUAAAUAAAUAACUUACGUAAGCACAACCCCUUUAAACUUUUGACCAAUUCGCAAAUUCCGUAUGCAACCAAGUCGUUCUAACCUCUUUCCGG